CGGGCGGCCAGGGGGCAGGCGCGCCGGCUGCAUCCCCAUCCUCGGCGUCGCCCGGCACGGCGCGCGGGCGAGCGGCGCGGGCGGCCGAAGCGCGGCAGGCGGAGCGCCAGGCCGGCCAUGGCCACCACCAGCACCACGGGCUCCACCCUGCUGCAGCCCCUCAGCAACGCCGUGCAGCUGCCCAUCGACCAGGUCAACUUUGUAGUGUGCCAACUCUUUGCCUUGCUAGCAGCUGUUUGGUUUCGAACUUAUCUACGUUCCAGCAAAACUAGCUCUUUUAUAAGACAUGUCGUUGCUACCCUUUUGGGCCUUUAUCUUGCACUUUUUUGCUUUGGAUGGUAUGCCUUACAUUUUCUUGUACAGAGUGGAAUUUCCUACUGUAUCAUGAUCAUAAUAGGAGUGGAGAACAUGCACAAAUAUUGUUUUGUGUUUGCUUUGGGAUACCUCACAGUGUGCCAAAUUACUAGAGUCUAUAUCUUUGAUUAUGGACAAUACUCUGCUGAUUUUUCAGGCCCAAUGAUGAUAAUUACCCAGAAGAUCACUAGUUUGGCUUAUGAAAUUCAUGAUGGGAUGUUUCGGAAGGAUGAAGAGCUGACAUCCUCACAGAGGGGUCUAGCUGUGAGGCGCAUGCCCAGCCUCCUGGAGUACCUGAGCUACAACUGCAACUUCAUGGGCAUCCUGGCCGGCCCGCUGUGCUCCUACAGGGACUACAUCACCUUCAUCGAGGGCCGGGCGCACCCGCGCGCCCCGCCGGGCGCCGCCGGGAAGGAGGACCUGCCGGGCGACAGAGCCGAGCCGUCUCCCAACGUCGCGGUCAUUCAGAAGCUCUUGGUCUGUGGACUCUCCUUGUUCUUCCACUUGACCAUCUCUAAAACGUUACCCGUGGAGUAUAACAUCGAUGAGCGUUUUCAAGCUACAGCUUCAUGGCCAACAAAAGUCGUCUAUCUCUAUAUCUCUCUUCUGGCUGCCAGACCCAAAUACUAUUUUGCAUGGACGUUAGCUGAUGCUAUUAAUAAUGCUGCGGGCUUUGGUUUCAGAGGAUAUGAUGAAAAUGGAACAGCUCGCUGGGACUUGAUUUCCAAUUUGAGAAUUCAACAAAUAGAGAUGUCAACAAGUUUCAAGAUGUUUCUUGAUAAUUGGAAUAUUCAGACAGCUCUUUGGCUCAAAAGGGUUUGUUACGAACGAGCCUCCUUGAGUCCGACUAUCCAGACGUUCAUUCUGUCUGCUAUUUGGCAUGGGGUGUAUCCAGGGUAUUACCUGACCUUCCUCACAGGAGUGCUGAUGACCCUGGCAGCGCGAGCUAUGAGAAACAACUUCAGACAUUAUUUCCUCGAGCCUCCGCAGCUGAAAUUACUGUAUGACGUUCUCACGUGGGUUGUGACUCAGGUGGCGAUAAGCUACACAGUCGUGCCAUUCGUCCUUCUUUCUGUAAAACCUUCGUUCACGUUCUACAGCUCCUGGUAUUACUGCCUCCACGUUGCUGGUAUCUUAGUAUUAUUGCUGUUGCCGGUGAAAAAGACUCAGAGAGGAAAGACCACACAUGGAAAUGUGCCGCUGUCGCCAUCCGAAAAGUGUGACGACAGAGGAAAUUCUUUGGAACAGAAUAGUUUUUCCACAACAAACAAUGUUUGCAAUCAGAAUCAAGAAAUAGCCUCUAGACAUUCAUCAUUAAAGCAAUGAAGGGGAAACAC